AUUGUCGGUCAUUUGUAGUUGAUCUGAAUUCUAAGACAUGCAGUUGUAGGGUCUUUCAAUUAUCUCAUUUCGUUUGUGUGCAUGUUGUUGCUGUUAUUGGUACCAGGCCAGCCAUGUCAUGCUAUGAUUAUAUAUCCAAAUAUUAUACUCGAGAUAACUGGUUGUCCACCUGGAGUGGCGUUAUGCACCCUAUGUGUGAUGUGGAGUCUUGGUCAGUUCCUCCUGAUGUUUUGAAUGUUCGUUGCAAGCCGCCUUCGUGUCAAAAAAGACCACCCGGUCGUCCCAAAAAGUCAAGAAUCCCAUCAAUUGGUGAACAUCGCCGUACGAAGCGCCAAAAAUGUUCCCGCUGUCAUGCUAUUGGUCACAACAAAAAAACCUGCCGCAAUCCACUGCACAUAUCAAAUGCCUGAUGUAUUUUUUUAGUUUUCUUCUUUAUGAAUUUUUAAUUAUGGUGUCAUUGUUUUGAAAUGUCCAUGUUGAUUACAUAAAUUUAUGCACAAUUUAGAGCCAAUAGUUUCCUCAAUUCAUGUAUUUGGAUUAUAUGAUGUUUUAAUUUCCUUUAUAGGACGAUUACGUGUUUUGCACUAUUGUUGAUGGAUAUCAUAUUUUUAAUUCCAC